GACGAUUGUUCGUACGUUUGGCACAUUCCAGUUGAAGAACGUUGCAAAUGGGUGAGAGAAACUGCGGACUGUAUCACGGAUUCUGUAUUUCAAUAUACAGAGAUUCUCUUCUGCACGUUUAAAUCAGAAGACAAGCUGUUCUUCACUUUUGGACUAUGUCUGAUGCUAAUAUGGCUGCUGUAUCUGUUUUUAAUCUUGGGAAUAACGGCAGAUAAUUUCUUCUGCCCGUCACUGGCGGUGAUAGCCAGUGUUUUGCGGCUGUCGGACAAUAUAGCCGGCGUCACGAUAUUGGCAUUCGGAAACGGUGCUCCUGACAUAUUCACCUCCCUCGUGUCGGGCAGCGAGGAAGGGAUAAUAAUGUUCACGGAACUAAUCGGGGCUGGCAUCUUUGUAACGACGAUCAUAGCCGGCUCUGUGGCGUUUGUGAAACCGUUUCGAAUCCACCUGAAGCCUGUGAUGAGAGACGCUUGUUUUUACAUUCUCACAGUAUGUUUGAUCAGCAUCAUCAUAAGGGACGAGAAGAUUUACCUUAUAGAGGCUAUUGGUUUUAUUCUUUGGUACGCAUUUUUCAUCACCGUGGUGGUGAUAAUGCAAAUGUACGAGAACCGACAGGAGAUGUUAAAAAGUAGGAUCCCGGGCCCACAGGAUCCAGAUAUCCUGCGCACUUACUUGGCGAACAAGGACAUGGCCGAAAUCCCAAAGAUUCCCAUGAGGCAUCGUCCUUUUGGUCUGGACACCAAACUUGACGUCGCGAUUGCAGUUGAGUUGCAAAGAGAAAAAGUGUGGAGGAGAUCGCUACUGAAAGAAGAAGAGGAAGAGGAAGACGAAGAAGAGAUUGAAGACACCGAGAGACCGAAGGGACUUUUCAAGGAAUUUCUAUACGACAUUAAUCCGAUCACGAAAGAAGAUUGGGAGAAUGCGAAUCGAUUUUUGAAAUUUAUUUUAAUCAUACGGGCGCCGGUCAUGCUACUACUUCAAUUAUUUGUACCGGUCGUGAAUAUCACCGCCGCGAAGAGGGGCUGGUCCAAACUGUUAAAUUGCUUCCAACUGUGUGUGACAGCGACGUUGGCGUUGUUUCUAUUAAACGUUUGGCGAGCACGUUUUGGCCCGGUUCCAAUCGCGCCGAUAUUCCUGCUGCUCAGCAUCGUAAUUGGUGUAAUUGUAUUUUUAAUGACCCACGUGGAUCGCGUACCAAGGUUUCAUAACUUUUUUGCAUUUCUCGGAUUCCUGGUCGCCAUGCUGGCGGUCUAUUUGGUAGCAUCGGAAGUGGUGGCAGUGCUCCAAUGCGUGGGCUACGCUUUCCGUAUAUCCGAUGCCAUGCUUGGUAUCACGUUCCUUGCCUGGGGUAACAGCGUUGGCGAUCUGAUAUCGAACGUGACUAUAGCCAAGAGAGGUUUCCCGAGAAUGGGAUUUGCGGCUUGUUUCGGUGGACCCAUGCUCAAUACGCUUCUGGGCCUGGGAUUAACUUAUACCGUCGCGACCGCUAAGGAAAAAAGCAAGAGCAUGAAGAUGAGAAUGAGCGAUAUGGCCCCUGGUUGUUUAGCUUUCCUUUUGUGUUCCUUGUUGAUGACCAUCAUUUAUCUAAACAUUACCGGAUCUAUAGCUCGACGAUCUUACGGCUAUAUGCUUUACUCACUGUACUUCGCGUUCAUAUUAAUACAAUUCCUCAGUGAGAUUCAUGUAAUCCACCCUCUCGGCAGUGACCAUCGUGAUGACUAGAAUUCUUAAUGCG